CUUUCUGAGUCUCUCGUUCUAUUUCUGAAUGGAGUGGCUCUUCCCUUACCUUGUUCUGCUUCCCUCUCUGAUCUUUUCAUUCUGUACCAGCCAAGACAACUUAGUACCGGGGAAAUCUAUCAGUGCAAACCAGACCUUGAUUUCUUCCAAUGGGACCUUUGCCUUAGGCUUCUUCAGACCUGAAAAUUCAACUAAAUACUUCCUUGGUAUAUGGUACGACAAACUCCCAAAGUUGACAGUAGUUUGGGUUGCUAACAGAGAAUCCCCGCUUGAUUCUCCGGGUGUUUUUACACUUCGUACUGAUGGAAAUCUUGUGGUGUUGUUAGACGUCGAAGCGAGCGCUCCAGUCUGGUCAACUAAUUUAGUAUUGGAUGCUGCAAAGAAUGGCACAACUGGUUUACUAACGGAUACUGGAAACUUUGUUCUGAGAUCUGGGGAAGAAACUUUGUGGGAGAGCUUCGAUCAUCCCUCUGAUACAAUUCUGCCUGGCAUGAAGAUUAGCUUGAACAAACUGACUGGCCAACAAAGCUGCCUCACAUCCUGGGCAACGCUUGAUGAUCCACGACCAGGAAAGUUCACCUUAUGCAUUGAUCCUAAAGGGCUGCAGGCUUAUAUCUGGGAGGACAAUAGUAUUCAAAAAUGGAGAAUUGCUAUGUACAUUGGCAGAGACUCAAGAAGUGUCUUUGGAAAUCCAGGUGGAUCAGCCUUUUCCCUAUCAUACAACUUCGAUGUUGAUAAGGCUUAUCUUACUUACAGUGUCUCGAAUAGCUCACUGAAAAUGAGGGUCUUGUUGAAUCCUUCAGGGCAGAUUGAGCUGCUGCUGUGGAUCAGUAAAACUUGGUAUCAACUGUGGAAGGCACCUGCUGAUAACUGUGAUUUUUAUGAUCGUUGCGGUCCAUAUGGUGCCUGUCGUAAAAAUGAAAGCCUCUCAUCACCGUGCAAGUGCUUGACAGGUUUUAAAGCCAAAUUUUCAAACCAAUGGGAUAUGCAGGAUUGGUCCAGUGGCUGCGUUAGGGAAAAAGCAUUGACAUGUAGUAACGCAAUGGAAGGGUACUUCUCAAAGUUAGAAGGGGUGAAACUACCAGAUCAUUCUGUUAUUUUUGAGGAUAGGAGUAAGGAUGAGUGCAACUCCGAAUGUCAUCAGAGUUGUUCUUGCACGGCUUAUGCUUAUGUAAAUGCGACGGAAGGAAGUAAUACUGGGACGUGUAUGCAAUGGUUUAGUGACUUAAUCGAUCUAGUAGAGAAUUAUGAUAUUAUUACUACACAUGAUAUUUUCAUUCGCGUUCAUGACUCCAAACUAGGAAACAAGGGUCUCUUUCAUAGUUCCUCGAAGAGGUCCAUAGUAAUUGCAAUAGUCUCAGCUGCAGCUGGAUUGCUUAUAAUAACUUUUGGUUGUUUCUUGUGGAAGAAUUUGGGAAAGGAAGGGAGGAUAGCAGGAAGAAUGAGUGAGAUUAUAAGAAAUGUUGGUGCAGGAGGUGGGAAAAAUGAUACAGAAAUACCACUCUUCGGUUUAGGUAGUAUAUUAGCUGCUACAAACAACUUCUCUGAAGCAAAUAAGCUUGGAGAGGGAGGAUUUGGCCCUGUUUAUAAGGGAAUUUUGCCAGAAAAUCAAGAAGUGGCUGUAAAGAGGCUAUCAAAGAAGUCUCGGCAAGGACAUCAUGAGUUCAUGAAUGAGUUGAAGCUUAUAGCCAAACUCCAGCAUACAAAUCUUGUUAGGCUCUUGGGUUGCUGUAUGGAACAAGAGGAAAUGAUAUUGAUCUAUGAGUACAUGCCUAAUCGAAGUUUGGACAAGUUUUUGUUUGACUCAUCUGAGAAGACAAACUUGGACUGGGUUACACGCUUUCGAAUCAUAGAGGGUGUUGCUCAAGGGGUACUUUAUAUCCACAAAUACUCUAGAUUGAAAAUUAUUCACAGGGAUCUAAAAGCAAGUAAUGUGUUGUUGGAUGCAAAGAUGAACCCCAAAGUUUCAGACUUUGGAAUGGCAAGAAUUUUUUAGACGAAUCAAAUUGAAGCAAAUACCAAUAGGAUUGUUGGGACAUAGUAAGCACACAUAUCCCACGAUUUCUAUCAUUUAAACCUUAUGAAAUUAUGCAAUUCUCAUUUCCCUAUCAUUUUUGCAGCGGCUACAUGUCACCUGAGUAUGCACUUUAUGGCUAUAUCUCUGAGAAAUUGGAUGUAUAUAGUUUUGGGGUAUUGUUGUUAGAGAUUGUAAGUGGAAAGAGAAAUGCUUCUUUUUAUCAUUUUGAAAAUUCAUUAACGCUUGCUCGAUGGGUAUGGGAACUGUGGAAAGAAGGCAGAGCAGUGGAGGUGAUUGACACAUCAGUAAGGCAUACUUGCCGGACUCAUGAAGCUUUGAGGUGUAUCCAUGUGGGGCUUUUGUGUGUUCAAGAAACUCCAGCUGAUCGACCAACAAUGUCAUCCGUGAUUCAUAUGCUUGAGGCCCAUGAAGCUACUUCAAUUCCACCCUCCAAAGAACCUGCUUUUUCAACAUUUAAGAAUGCAACUCCUGUUACCAUUUAUUCCAACAAUGCAGUCACUAUUACUUUGCCAGAGGCUCGAUAGAGGUUCAACAUGUUGAAGCUUCUACCUUAUGUUUUAGUUCAGUUUGUGGCUAGAGUGUGUAUCCGCCGAUUAACAUGUUUGUGGCUAGAAUAGACGCAGCAAGUUUGGGCCAAUCUAGGUUGCACUUUUGUUUGUUUGGUCCUUUUGAGACCUUGUUGUUUGUUGUAGCUCUACUGGGGAG